AUGGAGUCCCCCACACUCAACAAAUGGAGUCCCCGCAGUCAACAAAUGGAUUCCCCACAGUCAACAAAUGGAUUUCCCGCAGUCAACAAAUGGAUUCCCCACAGUCAGCAAAUGGAUUCCCCACAGUCAACAAAUGGAUUUCCCGCAGUCAACAAAUGGAUUCCCCACAGUCAACAAAUGGAUUUCCCGCAGUCAACAAAUGGAUUCCCCACAGUCAGCAAAUGGAUUCCCCACAGUCAACAAAUGGAUUCCCCCGCAGUCAACAAAUGGAUUCUUCACAGUCAACAAAUGGAUUCCCCACAGUCAGCAAAUGGAUUCCCCACAGUCAACAAAUGGAUUCCCCAGCAGUCAACAAAAGGAUUCCCCCGCAGUCAACAAAUGGAUUCCCCGCAGUCAACAAAUGGAGUCCCCCACAGUCAACAAAUGGAGUCCCCCCACACUCAACAAAUGGAGUCCCCCCACAGUCAACAAAUGGAGUCCCCCACAGUCAACAAAUGGAUUCCCCCGCAGUCAACGUAUGGACUCCCCCCACAGUCAACAAAUGGAGUCCCCCACAGUCAACAAAUGGAGUCCCCCACAGUCAACAAAUGGAUUCCACCGCAGUCAACAAAUUUAUUCCCCUGCAGUCAACAAAUGGAGUCUCCCGCAGGCGACAAAUGA